AUGAACGCCAUGGCACCCUUUCGUGCAGCCGAUGUGACCGCCGGGUCGUACUCGCAAUGCAAUGAGAUCCCAUCGUCUUGUAGACCUGCCACCAUCCGCACCCUGCUUGUACAGAUCACCGUUCAAAGUUUGACAGCCAUGCCAGCACAUCCUCAUCUGGGCUACAUCAAUCCAGUGAUUGGGCACGACUUUGCCGAUCCUGGCGUGUUCUUCGACCGCGCCUCGCAGACCUGGUACGCAUUCGGCACCAACGGCAACGGCAAGAACAUCCAGUGCUCCUACACCAAGGACUUUUGCUGCUGGGAGCACCACGAGCACGACUGUCUCCCCGGCCCGCUGCCCUCCUACCAGUCCGGCACCCCCGGCUUCCUCUGGGCUCCCGAGGUCAUCGAGGCCCCACAGGGCAGGGGCGGCUAUCUGAUGUAUGUGUCGUGCCAGGAUGCGGUUCACAAGAAACAGUGCAUCGGCGUAGCCUACUCGGACCGCGAUCCCAAGGGCCCCUAUCGUUGGAUCACCGACCGUCCUCUCAUCUCGAGGGGAGAGUCUGGUGGAACGUUAGACCCGCAGCCUUUCGAAGACCCGGCGAGCGGCAAGCGAUAUCUCGUCUACAAGUCCGACUGGGACCGCAUGUACACCGAGCACCCCCAACUCUGGCUCUCGGAGCUAGCGCCCGACGGCCUAUCUCUGGUUGGCGACAUGCAUCCCCUGCAAGGUCCCAAGCACGGCUACCAAUGCGGCCUUCUUGAAGCGCCCUACCUCUUCCACCACGCGCCAUCCAAUGCCUACAUCCUCUUCUUCUCCUCGGGCACAUUCACCAACGGCACCUAUGCCACCUCCUACGCCAUCUCGCACAACGGUCUCUUUGGACCCUACACCUGUCCUGGGCAUCCGCUGCUGCAGACCGACAGGCAUCGCAGCAUCAUGGGUCCCGGUGGUGCAUGCGUGGUGAGAGGCGUGGAGAACGAACACUUUAUCGUCUUCCAUGCACUCGAAAAGCAGGAAGGAAAUCGAAGAAUGUGCAUCCAACGCAUCGAAUUCAACCAAGACGGCACACCCGUUCUCUCAUCCCGUCCCAACUGCGGCAAGAGACUUCGACUGGGUGCUGAACAAGACGACGACGUCCAACACUUUGGCAACCACCAACCUCCGCCUCCGCACGAGCAAGGCUCCGGCCAUACGGGGUCCGGCAAGAUGUCCAAGUUCCUCCGCAAGAUCCAAGACAAGCUCGACUAG